AAAAAGGCUCUGCCAGGUUUUCACCAUUUUUAGUUUGAGUUCCACACAAGGCACAGUUUUUGCUUGGCCAUCAGGGAAGGCACAGGGAAGGCACAGGGAAGGUACACAGACAGAGAGAGAUAGGAAAAUAGGGAUAAAAUAGCUUAAAUUGGUAGAUUACUUUGCCACAAGCACGGGGCCCUUAAAGAUCUGGUAGCUGUCUUGACUUCCAUGAUGUCAACAACAAGAGGACGCGCAGAACGGCAGGGUGGUAACACCAGUCUGAAUAUGAACCACUAUGCCACUAAGAAGACGGUGGCAGGGAGCAUGUUAGACGUGGCCCUGCUGAUGGCCAACGCUGCCCAGCUGAAGGCCGUCCUGGAGCAGGGGCCAGACUUCAGGUACUACGUCACCGUCCUGGUCCUCAUCGGGUCGUCGCUGCUCUUCCAGGUGCUGGCUGGGGUGCUGUUUGUCGCCAUGGCACGUAAGGACCUGAACAACGUGGCCAACCAGAGGAAGCUGGACAUCAUGAACAACGUGGCCACCGGCCUCGUCUUCAUCACCGCCAUCAUCAACAUCUUCAUCACCGCAUUUGGAGUGCAGAAGACUGGCCUGUACCCCAAAACCUAGACAGUAAACUGACCUGUACCCCAAAACCUAGACAGAAGACUGGCCUGUACCCCAAAACCUAGACAGAAGACUGGCCUGUACCCCAAAACCUAGACAGUAGACUGGCCUGUACCCCAAAACCUAGACAGAAGACUGGCCUGUUCCCUAAAACCUAGACUGAAGACUGACCUGUACCCCAAAACCUAGAAUGAAGACUGACCUGUACCCCAAAACCUAGACUGUAGACUGACCUGUACCCCAAAACCUAGACUGAAGACUGACCUGUACCCCAAAACCUAGACUGAAGACUGACCUGUACCCCGAAACCUAGAAUGAAGACUGGCCUGUACCCCAAAACCUAGACUGAAGACUGACCUGUACCCCAAAACCUAGACUGAAGACUGACCUGUACCCCAAAACCUAGACAGUAGACUGACCUGUACCCCGAAACCUAGACUGAAGACUGAACUGUACCCCGAAACCUAGAAUGACGACUAGCCAGUACCACAAAACCUAGACUGAAGACUGACCUGUACCCCAAAACCUAGACAGUAGACUGACCUGUACCCUAAAACCUAGACAGAAGACUGGCCUGUACCCUAAAACCUAGACAGAAGACUGGUCUGUACCCUAAAACCUAGACUGAAGACUGGCCUGUACCCCACAACCUAGACAGUAGACUGGCCUGUACCCCACAACCUAGACUGAAGACUGACCUGUACCCCAAAACCUAGACUGAAGACUGACCUGUACCCCAAACCCUAGACAGUAGACUGACAGGUACCCUAAAACCUAGACAGUAGACUGACCUGUACCCCAAAACCUAGACAGUAGACUGACCUGUACCCCAAAACCUAGACAGUAGACUGACCUGUACCCCAAAACCUAGACUGAAGACUGACCUGUAACCCACAACCUAGACUGAAGACUGGCCUGUACCCCACAACCUAGACAGUAGACUGACCUGUACCCCAAAACCUAGACAUUAGACUGACCUGUACCCCAAAACCUAGACAGUAGACUGACCUAUACCCCACAACCUAGACAGUAGACUGACCUGUACCCCUAAACCUAGACAGUAGACUGACCUGUACCCCACAACCUAGACAGUAGACUAACCUGUACCCCAAAACCUAGACAGUAGACUAACCUGUACCCCAAAACCUAGAGUGAUAUACUUCAGCGAUAUAUCUUUCAAAACGCGGCAAUACGGGUUCACUAUUAUUUUCUAUUGUAACUUUUUUUUAUCAGAAGAGAUUUGUAAAAGAAAGAUAUGAAUCAUUUAAAUGUCAAAAAGUAGAAUUGUCUUAUUCUAAUGUGUAUGGCCCAGAAAUCAAAUUAAAGACAAGUGUUUGGGCUACAGAUUAGUCUCUCUAGACAAACGGGUUGCCUCUCACAAUUUAACAAUGUUCAAGCAUGUCCUUGGUCUGGGAUUUCCAAGAAUGGCUCCAGACCAUAGGGUCUUCAGAUAAUAUAAGGGGAAACAGUGACUACUAGUGGUCUUUAUUUUACUAAUAAAAGAAUGAUACUCACUGUGUCCAAAAUGUGUCUCUAAUGCAAUAAACUCCAUAAAACAA